UACAAUGCUGCCAGGUUUUUCUCCUGCUAAAGUGUUGGAUUUUGGUGCUGGCACGGGUUCGGCUUUCUGGGCACUACGAGAAGUCGGGCCGAAUUCCUUGGAGAAAGUUAACUUAGUAAAGCCAUCACAAUCAAUGCAGCGUGCAGGCCAGAGCCUUAUACAAGGUCAGAAGAACUUAACACUUAUUCACAGUUAUGCUACCCUCCAAUCAAUGACUAAAAGCAUCAACAAAUCAGAGAGAGAACAUGACCUUGUAAUUGCUUCCUAUGUGCUUGGAGAGAUACCAUCGCUGAAGGAUCGAAUUACUGUAGUACGCCAACUUUGGGAUCUUACGUGGGAAGUCCUGUGCUCUCACGAUGGGGCAUGUCCUUUGGAGAAAGCAGUUAGUAUUGGCAUUAGAGGUAGACAUCAAAUUGUUGGACAUAUCCAAUUGCUAGAUACUUGUACAAGGGGAACCUCAUGGGACCAGAGUCUGCAGGAGGUUAAUAUAAUAAUUCCAGUGCCUGCUGGAACUAAGUCAAGGGAUAUUGUUUAUGAGGCAAAGAAGAACAGUGUGAAGUUUGGACUGGACUGAAAGGUCGGUCUCUUAUAAUUGAUCAAAAAAUACUCUUAUCAAGUGCAGGGAAGAAAACGGUGGAGUACACAGUGCCAUUAGUAGAGAAGACUAAAGACAUGGCCAUGUUUGCAGGUAAGACCAC